CCCACACAACUCAAGCCAACAUGUCCGACAACGAGGGCAACAAGGCCGGUGCCGGCAAGGGCUGGACUGACCGUCAGCGUCUCGCAUACUACUUCAACCUCGUCGAGUUCACUAAAGUGAAGCUUGAUUUCGCCAAUGCCCCGCGCCCUGACGGCAAGUCUGUAGGCGCCUGUCGUAUCAUGGUCGACCGCCUUAAAAAUACUCUCAAGGACGAGCUGAUGGUGCUUCGCGCGGGUCAGCCGAUGGAGGACGGUACGCCCAAGAAGGCUGCUGGUAUGCCACGUAAGCGUAAAGCCAAGGGCGAUGAUGAUGAGUCCAACAGCACCCCAGCCAAGCGCGGACGCAAGAAGAAAGUCGAGGUCGAGGUUGAGACUGAAGUCGGUGAUGACGACUACGAGCAGCAGUUCCAAGUCAAGGCUGAGCCUCGAGACGAAGAGUAGGAUACUGGAGUUGAGGUAUAAGCUUCAGCAAUAUUGAGGGGUUUGGUGGGGUUGGCGGCCGUUUCAGGGUUCGUUGACCAUCUUUGCUGAUGGUUCUUUGGUAUGACUUUUUUCU